UGUUCCCUAUUGCAUGUAUUCCUUUUUUGGAGAAGAUAUGCUUACUGACUUUAAAAAACAUUACACAUAUCAAUAUAUUGUCAUAAAAAAUUCAAGCAGUGCAGAAGGUCAUAGAGUCAAAAAGAGAAAUUCUUCAUUUAACCCUCAACUUUUCCCAUCCCAGCCCCCACCCCAAAGAUAUUGGAUCAGAAAGGUACACUUUCAGUUUCACCAUUCGUGAUUCAACAACCCAUUUUGUAAAUGCAACAUCGUGGGGCAAGGAAGAUUACAUCAGAUCACUUUCUGACAGCUUUCGUGUUGGGGAGUGUGUGAUAAUUGAAAAUCCCCUGAUCCAAAGAAAGGAAUUAGAAAGAGAAGAAAAGUUCAGCCCUGCAACUCCUAGGUAAAUCUAGCACAGAGGUCAGAAUGAUUAUUACUUUAUGUCAGAAUGAUUAUUACUAAUAAGUUUAUGCCAGAAUGAUUAUUACUAAUAAGUUUUUGCAUGUCAGAUUAACAGAGAGCUUAUUAAAGGUGUAUACUUCAGUUUGAAAAUUAGGAGUUUAAUUCUGCUUCAUAAUAUUUAUCUUUGAUUAUGAAAUAAUUUACUUUGACAUAGGAUCACAUAAAAAAUGGCUUUGUUUUUAGUGCUUUGAUUCUCAUUCUUAGAUUACAAAAAUCUGACUCUAGUCACAUUAAAGCUGAACAGUGAAAAGGUAAAUCAUGGAAGUCAUAUAUCCAUUUUUUCAUCUCAAUUUAUAACUCUCUUCACAUGCCUUACUAUCUUAGUUCAGGUUACCUGGAAGUAGAGCCCAGAGGAGGAUUUUUGUGCAGAUGAUUUGUUGAGGGAGAGCCCUUAGAAGCAGCCUGUAAGGAUAGCACUGGGGGGAAGGUGAGCAAAGAGGCAGGUUCAGCAGGAGCCCAGUCUCAUCCUGACCCAGAUGGGAGCUCUGGAGCAUGAGUGGCACCUCAAAGUGGUACCACCCUAAAGAAAGAGGCCUGGGCUUUUGUACCCUGUAUUUACAAGUUAUUGGUUGAAGUCCACCCCCUAUUCCUGCAGAGGAGGGAAGGCUUAAAGGUAUUUCUGGCUGAGGGCAAAUCUCGAGAGAGAAGGGAGUAGCUGGUAAAGAGCUCUGGGUGGGCACAAAAGUCUCUACUACACGUGCACCUGCACCCAUUUUUCUGACCUCAUCUUAUAGGUCUCAUUUCUCUGCAGCCACAUGAAGAGUCCUCCACUUUAUGAACAUCCUGGGCUCAUUCUGCACUAACAGCCUUGCAUGUUCACUUCCCUCUGCAAAGAACAAUCUUAUUUGCUCUUCUCAUUGAAGUGUCAGCUUAAAUGUCACCUCCUUAGAUCUUCCCCCACCUACUCUGUCUGUAGUAGCCCUUCCAGUCUGCAUUACUAGGACUUCGUCCUGUACACAGUGUAUGUGUACCAUCAUAACCCUGAUCACAAUCUGGGAUUAUUUGAUUAAUUGUUCUUAUCUGUCUCCCUCUCACGCAUGUAAACUCCGUGAGAUCAUAAGUCUUGUGUGUCUUCCUCACCACUGUACCCCCUGUGCCUAGACUAAGGUCUGGCACAUAAUAGGCUCUCAGUAAGUGUUUAUGGAAUGAACACAUGAAUGGAGGGAGGGAAGAGCAUCCUUGGCAGAGGGAACAAACAUGAAACCUCCUGGCCUUUUCCAGAACAGUUAAUAGUAGUUUAAACCUUAUGAAACUGUUGAUGUUUGACUACGUUCUUCUCUAAAGUGGUAGUUUCAUAGCCUAGGAAUAUGAUGUGGCUGGAAUAUAGGCAGGGGAACAGCAGGAGGAGAAGCUCGAGAGAGAAGCAGAGACACUUCACAGACAGCUUUGCUUGUUGUACCAACUUCAUGCUUUGGUGAUGGCUAGCCCAGAAGAUCUUUGGAGAUGGGAAAUAUAUUCAUAUUCGUGGUUUAGGAAGAUCACUUUGGCUACCUGAGGACAGACAGUAGGGGAACAAAGCUUAGGAGACAAGCAGUAGUUUGGGUGAGAAGUGAUGAGGGAAACACCUAAAGCAGUAGCAGGGGGAGGGGGAGCGGGGGAGGCUCUGGAUUAGAGGACUAGAAAGAUGCUCCAUGGAGGACACUUGGAAGUUGAUUGGCUGGAAGGGGAAGAGCACCUCAAUUGUGUAAAUAUUGUGCAUCUGUUCCUACAGAGCACCACAGAGGUAAGGGAAGCACAUAGGCAGGGCAGUCAGUGUCAUAGAGGUGGAAAUCCCCCCCCCACACACACAAUGUUUUAGAGUGCUUUUACACCCCUUUUUUUUUUUACAGAGAAAGAAACUGGAACUCAGUAUUGUGCAAGAUCAGACUAUUAGUGUGCUUAAAACUCAGACACAGUUGGUCUUUAAAACAUUUUCUUAAUGAAAAUACAUUUUAGACAAAAAAUAUUUUACAAAGCUUUUCAAUGUUUCUAAGAGUGAAAAGUAUAAAUCUUCUUAAUAUAAUUUUUAAAAUAUAGUUUAAGUUACAACCAAAGUUUAACUGUGAACUUUGAAGUAUUUUUCUAUUAGAAAAUCAUUUGAUAUUAACUCUUGGUGUGUGUUUUUACAAUUUAGCGAUUAUAAACUAUUGCUCAGUGAGAAUCACUCAAUGGUAAAAGUUUGUUCCAGUUAUGAAGUGGAUGCCAAGCUACUUUCUUUGAUAUACUUACCUGUUAAAGAGUCUUGUGAUUAUUAUUCAUUGGGUGACAUUGUUGCAAACGGACACAGUCUUGAUGGGAGAAUUAUUAAUGUCCUUGCAGCUGUGAGGUUGGUAAGUUAAAACCCCAACAAAGCCAAGUUCAAUUUGGUGGGGGGAGUUCUAUCAUUUUAUUUGUGUUUGGAAAGUAAUAAUCAACUGGAGUAAAAUUUCCUCUGUAUCUUGAUGCAUCCUCCAUUGAAUUUAGAAAAUAACACUUCUCAUUAAAGGGAAAGCAGCAUUUUACCUGUGAAUGAGUAGCAAAAUAAAAUUGUAUUUGAAUGUUAAAUGCAGUACACAGUCAUAAAUGAUCCGCUAACUAUAUGAGAGCUUUUCAUACUUGAGUUAAACAAAAGGCACAGAUAGAAAGGGUAAAUUCAUUGACUUUAAGAUCUCCAGGAAGUUCUUUGAAGGGGCCUAAGUUGAAUAAAUCAAGGAAUCAAUUCAGUGCGUGUUCUCAGAGCUGUCCUGAGUUGGGGGAGAGAGCGAGAAACCCACGGUGCUGCAGUAGGGGCCCUGUGAGCUAAUGCAUAGCAUCAGGUGCUGAAAACCAGGGCAGAACGACACUCCAUGGGGUGCCGGGGAAUGUCUCACCAUCCUUUGCUUCCACAUCUCCCUCUUACCCAAUUAUUGCAGCAAGUUUUGAACUCCAUUGGACAGACUAGAAUCACUUGGCAGGGAGCAAAUUUUCACAAAAUAAAGUACAUAAAUAAAGGGGCAAGAAGAAUUUCUCAAUAUACAGAAUGAUGAUAAUCAGAAGACAAAAAAAUGGGAAAUAGAUUUAGGUACUUAUAGUUAAUGUUGUAAGUAAUUGCUAAUUGCAUUUCCAUAUUAAAUGACUGAGUGUCGACUAUCCCCGUGACAGGCCAACAGAGGCCUGCCUGCGUUGUUCCCCAGCCCAGCCCAGCCCAGCCCAGCACAGUGCCUGCCACACAGUGAACACUCAGUAUCAUUCAGGAUGGAGGAAUAAACACCCGAUAUGACAGUCAUGAAAAAUGGGAAAAAUUCAUUUCUGGGCAACUUAGGUUCAAUCUUACUUAAAGGCAGGAUAUGAUCUCUCAAUUUCCCUGAAAUUCCAUAUAAUGCCAUUAUAUCACAAUGUAGUAAGGAUUUUCUAAAACUCAGUAUGAAUAUAAAACCUACAACAGCUUUUUCCAUGUCCCCCUUCCUGCCUCCACCCCUUGAGUCUGGUACCACCUUUCAUAGGAUUAUAUUAUUUCUUUUAUUUUCAUGCCUUUUUUCUCCCAUUUUGCUUCCAUCCCUCUUAUAUUUCCUUAUCUUUACGUUUUUAUUUAACCUGUUUUCUUCCUUCUCGCCUCUACUUAGGUCUCUUCACUUUAAAACUCCUUUUCAUACAGUUUUCUUGCAUGCUGUGAUAUGGUAGGCCUCUCUCAUACUCUGGCUGUCCUUUCCUCUGACUUUCUUUCUAGAUGCUCUCUUCUGCAGGCAGCUGUGACUCUUUCUUCAGCUCCUUCCUAAGGAGCUCAGCCCUGACAAUAGAUGCAUGGGGGACAGUGGCAUAGGGGGCAGCUGACUGUCCAUGCUUGGGCCAUUGCUGUGUGACCAUCAGAGGUGCUGCUGUUCCAUUGAGAACUCCCUGAGGGCACAGAAGGGCCCCUGAGUUCACCUCCACGUCCAUGAUCCUCUUACACCACAGUGUGGACUGAAUCAGACGGUAUAUCAAAGCACAUUCCCAUGUAUCCCUCAUUCGAUUCUCACCAGCUUGUCCCUAGGAAGGCAGCAAAGGGGGUAUCAAUAUCCAUACCUGGGCUAGCAAGACGAGGACACUGAGGCCCAGAGAGAUGAAUUCAUCCAAUCACAUUAACUCCGUGCCAGGCCCUCUGCUAAGCCAUGGGGAUACACAGAUAUUGAAAAUGUACUUUCUACCCUCACUGAGUCCACAUAGAUGCCACCCAGGGACUUGUCAUGGAGCAUUUGUUCUGACAUGGUGAAAAGAUCCCACAGUCUUGACUUAAAGCACACAUAUCUGUAUCUCUCUUCAAUCAAAGUGUGUGACUUACAACUUAAAUACACCUGGUUCAGAGAUAAAAGAUGCUGUUAAAUCAUCAAAUAUAUAUUAGUGAUUCUAGCUAUUUUGAUAUUUCUAAUUUGUUGUUUAAAAGGUAAACAUUUGAGUAUUUCCAUCAACAAAUAUUUAAGUACCUCUACAACUGUAGGUGAAGAAAAAUAAUGAUUUUCUUCAAUUUCUAAGGUUGGAGAGCCAAAAUACUUUACAACUUCAGACCAAAGAAAAGGCCAGAGGUGUGAAGUUAAACUCUAUGAUGAGACAGAGCCUUCUUUUGCAAUGAUAUGUUGGGAUAAUGAAUCUAUUCUACUUGCACAGAGCUGGGUGCCACGAGAAACAGUAAUAUUUGCCUCAGAUGUAAGAAUAAGUUUUGACAAAUUUCGGAACUCCAUGACAGCAACUGUAAUCUCAAAAACGAUUAUUACAACUAAUCCAGAUACACCAGAAGCUAACAUCCUAUUGAAUUUUAUAAGAGAAAAUAAAGAAACGAAUCUUCUGGAUGAUGAAAUUGACAGUUAUUUGAAAGAAUCCACAAAUUUAAAUACAAUAGUUGAUGUCUAUACAGUUGAACAAUUAAAGGUAAAAGCUUUGAAGAAUGAAGGAAAAGCUGAUCCUAUCUAUGGAAUUCUUUAUGCUUACAUUUCUACACUGAACAUUGAUGAUGAAACUACAAAAGUAGUUCGAAAUAGAUGUUCAGGCUGUGGUUACAUUGUAAAUGAAGCAUCCAGCACUUGUACAACUUGCAACAAAGAUUCUUCAGAAUUUAAAUCAGUUUUUCGCAGCUUCCAUAUGCUAAUUGAUCUUACUGAUCACACAGGUACCCUCCACUCCUGUAGUCUCACAGGAAGUGUUGCUGAGGAGACUUUGGGCUUCACGGUAAAUGAGUUUCUUGCAAUGACGGAUGAACAGAAAACAGCAUUAAAGUGGCAGUUUCUUUUGGAAAGAAGCAAAAUCUAUGUAAAGGUCACGUUACUGCUGCGGGUUCACGUCUGUCACAAUUGGUUGUUUGAACACACUUUAAGCCCAUUUUUCUAUAUGUUGGAUUUGAAAUGCCAACUUUCCUACCUGAGAAAAAGGUCAUGAAAAAUUGAUGUGGAUUUUUACAAAAUUACUGUCAGAAGCCAGAUCUAUAAUUUUUCUCCCAACUCUGCCUGAGACUGGAACUCUUUCCAUUGUCUUACAGCUUUCACUGAAGUAUUUGUUCAUAUCUGUAAAGAAAACUCAUUGCUGUUCUCUAUUUGUGGUCAUUGGUUUUCAGCGUUGUAUACCAGGUGAUUUUAGAAACUAACUCUCUUUUUCUCCCUGCAGUUUUUUUUAUCUCAUAGAGCAAGGGGUGGACUGAGAGCGAGUGUGCUCUCCUGUAAGCUCGCAGAUCCUAUCGAGGCAAGUAGGAACUUGUCUGGACAAGGAAAUAUUUAAAAACCAGACGUCAUUUUAAACUCUGGAAAAGAAUACAAGUUUUAACCGCCUUUAAAGUGGAAAAUGAGUUUGAAAAUUACAGAUAAAAUUGUAUUUUGUUCAAAUGUGGUGAGAAUGUUUCUGUAAAUUGUUAUUCUGUUUCCCCCUGGAGUCAGUUAAGAGUAAAUCCUAAAAUCCCCCUCUUAUUCAUUUCUUAGAAGGCCUUUUCUACUGGCUUUGCCCUCUCUCUCUUCCCAAGUUGGAAAAUGUUUGCAUGAAUUAAUAAACAAGUUUAAUCUUU